CAUAUCGUCGCAAGAAAGGCAAAAUUACUGAAGCGCCAAAAUAGGCAUAUUGAGUUAUAUAGAUAUUCGGAAUCAGCGUUUUUUUCUGCGUCGAUCAGUCUGGGUUCCACGGAGAUACGAGCACUAUUUUGGCGUUUCAGUAAAUGGAAAAAAGGGGAGUUUUCAUCAGACAGAGUCCUUAAGCGACACUUUUUUGGCAUUUUAUUCGUGCCUGUCACUUAUGUAAUUUUGUUUUCCUGCAAUAAAUUACAAGUAAAUUUUAAGUAAAUUUGGCAUCCGGCAAUUUAAAAGCUAAUAGUUUAUAAGCAAUUUUGGACUACUCGAAACAAACAUAAAAGUUGGUAUAAGUAAUUUUGAAUUGAAGUAUUUAUAAUAAGUAAGGCUUGUAAGAAAAUUAGUCUUUCGAUUUUUAUGCCGGAAAUGGCGUAUAAGUAAUUUUGCCUUACUGUUAUUGAGCAAGUUUUUGACUUUCAGUAUCUUUACUAUGAAGUAAUAUUUUAGCAAAAGUAAUAGAAGUAAAAUUGAAAGCUGGUCAAUACGUCAUUUACGUCGCUAAAGUAAAAAAUAUGGAGCUGCAAUACUGCAAAACCUGAUUAUAACCUGCGCGUACGCCGCGUAUCAGUCAGUCUGCUCGACAGAGCCACUGAGAGUAGGUACACGUGUGUCGGUAUUUGUUGCCGCUCAAAUAGAUCGAGAAAAUAAGGGAAUAUUGGUGAUAAAUGAUAAUAAUGCAAUAACGGACUCCUCAAUCGCUCAUAAUGGAAAGUAAGAAACAGAGUUUUUACAAAAGGUACGCAGCAAGACUGAAGGAUGAACAGGAACCUGUAGCUGGAACAUCAAAGACACCACUGAUGGAAACAGUCUCAAAGCCAGCAGUAGUUAAAAGACUGAUAUUUAAAACACCUAAAAAAGAAACACAGAAGUACAAAUCAAAAAACUUGAACAAGAAGCUAUUGAUAUCAAAACCAGUUGUUAUGCGCAGUGAAAAUACAGAAGCUGAAUCACCAUCCAUUGAUUUAACAGUUUGCGAUUUGACAGAUGACAUAAGAGAACCAUACCAGGAACAAAAUCUUACAGAAAAAGUAAUACAAAAAGAAUUAGACAUUUUCAGAGAAAUUGAACGACAACACGAAAUUGAGGAGGCUUGUGAACAAAUCCGACGAGAACACUUUGAAGAGAUGAACACAGGAUCAAAAUUUGUACAAAUUGAAUCUAAACAACUUGAACUGACAGACAGUAAAAUUAUAAUGGAAGAUUACAACACUGAAACACCUGAGAUAGUACCAGACAGCAUACUGAAGCGAUGUGAUAGCAAGCAGUUUUUUGAGACAGAAGAAAGCAAAGGAGAAAUUGUAAAAUUUACUAAUGAAAAUAUAGAAUCUGAAAAUGAUGCUACCGAUGGCAUAUUGUUAUGUCUUCGAAACAACAUGGAGCACAACAAUGACAUAGAUUUUAAAUACAUGAAAGAUUUCAAAGAAAUAGAUAUUAAUUUACAGGAAAAUGAAAAAGUAUCCGCUGAAAUUAAUUUUACUAACAUAGGAAUGAAUAUACAGGAAGACCAAAAAAGCUAUGAAGGAGAGAUUUGUAAUGAUAAGAAAAUACCUGAAAUAAAUGAAUCGGUGCAAAAUGAAUCGCAUAUAAGCGAAAACGUCAAUUUGGGUAGUAAGAUAAGUGGAGAUGAAAAAGAAGAGAUAAGAACUGACAAUGAUAAAGGUAACCAAGAGAAGCAUGAAAAUGUUACAAAAAAUGAUCGUGAUGAUUACAUAAAAAUUAAGCGGUUGAGACAACAAACAAGAGAGAAGUACGUAGACUUUUUGUCAGAUAAUGAAGAUUUUGUUUGGAGUUCUUCAUCAUGGGAACAUUCAUCAUCUGGAUCGGUAUCCGAUGGUACGAAGAAAACUAAGAAAAGUAAGAAAUCAAAGAAGAAAAAUGAGAGAUCUGAGAAGACUAUGAAAUCGAAGGUUCAAGAAGAAGAGAAUGAAGUUUUUGAAGUUGAGGGUAGAGAAAAGAAGAAACAGAAGAACAAAAGAAAAGAAAACAAAGCAAAAAAAGAUUCCGGGCAUGAGUAUGUAAAUUCUAAAGGAAAAGUUAUUCCAGCCAAAGAAAUGAAACAAAAUCCCUGUAAGCCACAAAAUUGCUCUAACGCAUGUUACGAAAUAACCGAUGAAAAGAGAAAAGCUAUAUUUUUACAUUUUUGGGGUUUAUCGUCUGAAAGACGUAAAGACUGGUUGGUAAGCCAUUCUAAAAAGAUGGGUAUAAAAAGAAAGCGAGCAGAUACGGCUAAGCGUACCAACACUUUUAAUUACUUUAUUAACGAUGGUGAAGGGCAAGCCCAAGUGUGUCAACAAUUUUUGACUUGUACACUAGAUCUCAAGCAAAAAACAUUGUACAAUACAGUAAACAACGCAUCAUUUGGCAGUGCAAAAGAAGAUAUGCGUGGAAAACACGAACCCCGAAAUAAAACCCCAAAUUUAAUAACCGAAAAGGUACGAACAUACAUAAAGGAAUUACCAGCUUUGCCUUCACACUACUGCAGAAAAAAUAGCACAAGAACAUAUUUACCGACAGAAUUUCGUAAUAUUUCAAAUUUGUAUAGAAUUUAUAAAGAGACUCAGCUUGCAAAUGGCAACGUCUACGCUGGAGAAAAACUUUUCAAAAAAAUAUUCAACACUGAAUUUAAUAUUGGAUUCCAUUUACCCCGCAAGGAUAAGUGUCUGAAAUGUACACAAUAUGAGAAUAAUAAGAGUUUUGAUGAAGAAGAAAAACGGAAGCACUUAAUUGACAAAGAAGAAUCUGCUGAAAGGUUUAAAGCACAUCAAAGUAUUUACAAUAAAGACAAUAGUGUUUUAUGCACAUCAUUUGACCUUCAAAAGGUGUUGAAUACGCCCCACGGUGAAAACAUGAUGCUGUAUUAUUCGCGCAAAGUGGCUGUAUAUAAUUUAACAUUCUAUGAAUCAGGCACUAGAAACGGGUUCUGCUACACAUGGUCAGAAAAUAAUGGAAAAAGGGGUGCCAAUGAGAUAUCAUCAAUUUUGGAGAAGUACAUCAAAAAUGUGGAUCUAAGGGGUACAGUGAAACAUUUAUUACUAUAUUGUGACUCAUGUCCGGGGCAAAAUAAAAAUAAGAUAGUAUUAACAUGUUUAAAUGAAAUACUUAAGAAGUGUAACACUCUCCUAUCAAUUCAAAUAAAUUAUUUGCUCCCAGGGCAUACCUAUAUGCUGGUUGACUUUAUGCACUCCGUUAUAGAUAAAAGCUUAAAAGGCAUUAUAGUGUGGGCACCGUCGCAGUGGAGCACAAUUUUUACUAUGUCUAGGAAGUCACCAAGACCAUAUGAAGUAGAGGUCCUUAAUUAUGCAGAUUUUAACAAAUGGGACACAGUUGCUGAAAAAUAUUUGAUGAUUAAGAUGAUGAUGUAUUGGCCUAAGAUAGAAGUGGAUCCAACGCACCUUUUGCUAUUUUAUACUCGUUUUUUUUUUAAAUACCGUCGAAAACAUGUGUUAGUUAAUAAAGAUUGUUUUGAUUACAAAUUUAUUUUAUUUUAUUUUUAAAUGUCAAAGACUGAAAGAAACGUUGAUUCUCAUUUUUUUUAUUUCGUAAGCUUAUUACUAUUAUUAUUUUUGCCAAAGAGACUUUUUGUUUAAAAGGAGUAGAAUUAUACCUAAAGUUUAUAACUUAAUAAUAGGAUUAAAUAAAAUAAAAAUUAACAGCUGUAUUUUAAUUUAUUACUCGAAACAAUUUCCCUCUUAAUUCAAAUAGGAGGCCUUUGCCCAGCUAUCUAUCCAAUUUAAGAGCUGAGCUCUAAUCAGAGGAGGCAGCCCAGCUCAAGCCCAUCUCAAUGCCAGACUAAUAAUUUACGUAAGAUUAUUUAUUAAAAAAAAAGAUAGGAAUUUUCAUAAUCAUAAGCAAUUAAGACUUUACUCUUACACAUUAGUAAUGGAGUAUACGUUAUUAUUUAUGGUUCAAGUAACUUUAAUUUUCGGCACUACAGUAUUUAUGUAUUGUGUAUUAACUGAAGUUAUAAGUAGUUAAAGGUGUGAUUAGAUAAAAUAAAUUAUCC